AUGAAUCAUCAUUACCUCCCGAACAGUAAUAUUUCUCAUCCGCUUGAAAAUCCAAACUCUCCAAGCACAAAUCCAUCCAUGAUGAAUUAUAACAGUCCCAUGCAUAGAAGCAUCUCACAGGCAACUAGUCUUGGCCAACAACAACAUGUUGCUGGUUUUCAAGCCUCAUUACCCUCGGGAUCAAAUCUUCAUUCUUCUCAUUCAUCCUCUAAUUUAUUAUCUUCUCCGAAUACGAGUGGUUCAGCCUUUGGUAGUAGUCAUAGCAGCCCAGCUUUACCGGUAAAUACUUCUGAUCAUCAUCCAACUACACCACCUACGAGUGUACGUUCAAGUACCAUGUAUGGAGCUGGAGCAAUAUCAUUAUCACAACAGGAAGCGGUGAAAAACUUUUUGAAGAAUAGAGAGUUUCCUCCGCGUUUAAUGAAACGAAUACAAGAUAUUAAAGCACCAUCUUUGGAGGGAUGUGUGGAAUUGGGCAAAAGUGAGUCAUGGAAAGAAAUGCUUAAACUUUGUGAGAAACAAUUACAAUUACCUGGAAGACCACACGAGUUGUUACAGUGGAGAUUAUGCCAAUUAGUGAGCUUGCUUCGAUUGAAUAUUGCUGAAUAUGCACAACAAUGUGUGGACAUGAUGGGAGAUUUGGAAAAUAACUCGAGUUACUUUUAUGAAAAGUAUCCAAAUAUUUAUAAUACAAGUGGUGCCAACAGUAAAUCUGGAAAUAUGAUGCCAUUCAGUAUCCUCAUCAUCAAGGCAAUUAUUCCUCUGAUCCAAUAUAUUGAUAAUCCUGCAAGUCAACAACAACAGCAACAACAAGUGAUUCAACAACAACAAUCGAAUCCAAAUUUACCUCCGCUACCAACAGUGACUGACGCAUCAGCUAUUGCUAUGGAGCGAUUGUAUGCACUUCUCAAAGUUUGUUCAGAUCAAAUCAAAGAUGAGAAUGGGCAGCACACUGGUGGAAUUUUGUACAGUAAGAGAGCUAAAAUGCAUUCUAAAAUGACUAUUUCAUAUACACCAUUUGAAGGAUCACAAGAAGAAUGGAGAAUUAGAGAACAACGAGUGGUAUUCUUUAUUGUGACCUGUCACAUCGCAAGAAAAGAAUAUUAUCUUGCUCUCCAAAUUUUGGAAAAGAUGUUAAAGUAUUAUGCUCCAAUGGAAAAAACAGAUUUUGAAUCAUAUCAAAGAUUGGAAUCAUUAGUUGGAUGUCUUUAUUUGCAACAGGGAGUUUUAAAGCCAGCAAAAGAGCACUUUUUAAAUGUCGAGAAAAGAGUAAACAAUCCAGAACGAUCAAUCAUUGUUCGAUCCAACAGUGGAUAUAUGAAAUUUGCAUUGGGAUACUACGCAGAUGCUUGUAAAGAUUUUGAUUUUAUUUUGAAAGAAUUAGAUCCUUUCUGUGUUAAUGCAGCCAACAACAAGGCCAUUUGUGAAUUGUACAUGUGCGAACUCACCAAAGCUAUUGAAACACUUGAAGAUUUCAUUCGACAAGAUCCUUCUAAAACCUUGGAAGAAACCCUUGUAUAUAAUCUGUGUACUUUAUACGAUCUAGAAAGCACGGAGAGCAACGAAAAGAAAAUGGUCAUUUCUUCGUUGGCCCAUAGAUUCAGAGGUGACGACUUUGUGAAUUGGAUCAAAUAA